AUGGUUUCGAAUGCCGAGGACAAUGCCCUGAUCAAUAAGGCCCUGGUACACGCGGUCUACGCAUUUUCCGUGCGUUGGGUUAUCACCAGGCCGCCGAAGAUCGACUCCAACUUUUAUGCUGAUAUCACACAAGAAGCUCAGGAUAGGCUCUCGGACGUCCUGUGGCAUCGCGCCCGGGAAAAUAUGUAUCCUCUUCUGGGACGACCAAGUUACCGGUCUAGUCUAGCUCUAUAUUUGUUCGGAAUUACGCCUGUCACAUCACAAAAUUCGGAAUUCCGAUUUAGCGAUGUGUGCCUAGCUACUUCAUUGAUGCAGUUGAAAGAGCUCAGGCUCGGCGAAUUGAAUCGAUCUUCAUACGAUUGGUCUUGUCGUAAUUCAGCAGAGCCAAGUUCGGGUGCUAGAAGUGCAGAGUUUGAUUCCCAACACAGCCAUAUGGAAAACACAGCAUAUUGGUUUGGAAUAGUCUCGGAUGUCUCGCGGUGCUUGCUAUCUGGGAAAGCAAGUGUUUUGUCGUUAGAUAGUACCAUUAAUCCACCGAUCUGGCAACUUGUGGGGGAACAGUUGGAUGAGUUCAGAGCGAACUAUGGAAAUCUCCAUAGGUCCCAAUUACCGUUACCAGAAGAGACUGUCUUCAAGGUCCUCUCUCAUGCUUCUGCAUCCAAGACGCUUUGCUGGUGGAGGAUCGUUGAAGUCAGGAACGCUACUUUCCGCGGAGAGACGCUGGUGUCAAUCAAGGAAGCUGUUGCUCUUUGCUUGGAGGAGAUUGGUCGAUUCGAGAAUAUAUUCCUGCCGUUCAUCAACCUUUUCAUAAGGGAUUUUAUGUUUAUUAAAGAUGAAUUACAAAUUGGAGUUUUCUUACUCACUCUGCACUUCCAUCUGGGUGUGCUUACUUUCCUUGAUGUCAUUCACCAGAUACCAAACCUACGCGACAUCUUACCCAGUUACUCUAUCCUUCUUUUAAGCUCCACCAGAGAGCUAAAUAACCUCAUACGUGUGGUUAUCAGUCCUACAGGGGCUCAACCUAAUGGCAACAUUCUUCUCCUGGACCCGUACCCAGAGCAUAUCAGUAGAGCUCUCUGGUAUGCUGGACGUGCAAUCCUCGAACUUGGCAAAGAGUUCACAUUCUCGCCGUUGAGUGUAGAGGCCAUGUUCGCCGUGCCCUUGACUGGACUCUCGAUGCUUCAGAAGGUGUCAUUCUCUUCUCGUGAAAGGCUUAGGGCCUUACAGCAGUUACACUCAAGCCCGGGCGUGGUCAACGCUGUGAACAAUCCGUCAUCCCCAACUAUGUUCCCAUCACCCGUGUCGAUGUCAUCUCGCAGUAUCGGACUUGAAAGCGCGGAACAUUUGGCGGAUGAGAUCGCUACAUAUCCGAACCUGAUCAAUGACUCUGUAGAGCGACGCGAGAGGGCCUUAGGGAUUGACCAAAAUGCUUCUUUUUCAGAAAUUGACCUUUCGUUCAUUGGUGAACUUGAUCUGAAUCAGUUUGAUAUGUUGAUCGGACAAUGGGAGUUUAUGGUCUGA